GCUUCCGGUGUCCGGGAGCCGGACUCUGGCCGUUGUUGGUGGGAACUGUGAGUUUGGCAGGCGACCAAAACCGGCUGCCUGAGCUCCCACUCCGCCCCCCGUCCCGCCCCGACUCAAAGCCGCCAGGAACCUCGGGCCCCAUUCCCGGCUCCAUCCCGCAAGGAACUCCAGGCCGCGUCGUCCGGGCCCCGACCGCUCCCCGCCUCUCUCCGUCGCAGAUGCCAGGCAUCCCCGCGGUGCCCACCGGCCUGGUGGCCCUGUUGGCCCUGUUGGCGCUGCUGGCCCUGCUGGCGCGGCUCGCCCACCACCACGGCCCCACCAUCCUCUUCUGGAACGAAACCAUCCUGGAGUCGGCCGCCAACUUGGUCCUGGGCGGCAGCAAGGAGCAGAGGAUUCUGCGAUGGGUGCUGCGGCGGGCUGAGCGCGGCAACCCCCAGAGCGUCCUGGACACCAUCGACGACUACUGCCGGCGCAAAGAGUGGGCCAUGAACGUGGGGGACGAGAAAGGGCUGAUCCUGGACGGCGUGGUGCGGGCGUGCCGGCCCUCGGUGCUGCUGGAGCUGGGGACCUACUGCGGCUACUCGGCCGUGCGCAUGGCUCGCCUGCUGGCCCCCGGGGCCCGCCUCCUCACCGUUGAGGGCAACCCCGACUUCGCGGCCAUCGCCCGCCAGGUCAUCCUCUUCGCUGGCCUGCAGGACAAGGUCCAGGUGGUGGAGGGGACCUCGCACGAAGUCAUCCCUCAGCUGAAAAAGAAGUGUGACGUGGCCACGCUGGACCUGGUCUUCAUCGACCACGCCAAGGAUCAGUACCUGCCCGACACCAUCCUGCUCCAGGACAGCGGCCUCCUGCAUCCGGGGACGGUGCUCCUGGCCGACAACGUCAUCUUCCCCGGGGCCCCCGACUUCCUGAGCUACGUGCGCGGCAGCGGGCGCUUCUCCUGCACUCACCACCCUGCCCACAUAGAGUACCUCUCCGUGCCCGACGGGCUGGAGGAGGUCGUGUUCCUGGGCUGACCGACCGCCGGCCCCCGGCCCGGGGAGGCCCACUUCGCUGCGAUGGGAUGGGGAGGGGGCAGGAAGGGGGGCCGGGGACGGGGAGACCCCCGGGGCUGAGCCUCGGCCAGCCCUCUCCCGUCGUCGCCCCGUGCCCACCUCGGGGGAGAGACGCGGGCCGGGGGCCGUCCGUCGGUCACGGAGGCCCGGGCCCUGGACCGACUACUUGGAAGACUCCUCCGGGGGCGAGAUCCCAACUCCCGGUCCAAUCGCGGAGCCGGCCGGCCGGCCAGACAGACCUGAUUCCCACACAGCGAAAGCCAGGAGAGCAGAAGAAGGCAGGAAGCAGCAAAACUCUCUUUCCACACAACCCCGCCAUCCCACCACUACCAAACAGCCCACCGGAUAACUCGCUGAAUAGAAAAUACGCAAGCUUACAAAUAAACACAUUUUUUGUGUCCGUGA